AUGGGAUUCUUACAUAAUGGUAACUCUUAUGUGGAAGCUGUACUCGGGAAAUAUAGUUUAUCGUACAGCUGGAGCAAUGAAGACACAACUGACUAUUUGUUUGGAUGGAAAAUUGCUCAUAAUACAAGUCAAAUAGAGAGAACAGCAGUUAACCCUUGGAUCUGGCAUUCCAGCAAAGAAUUAUCCAGUUUACCUACAACAGGUUUCCUAGCCUACUACUCAGGAAGUGGUUACGUUACUCAAUUAGGAAGAGCUCGGCCAUGGUCCUGGAGGAUUUUCACUGAGCUAGUAGAAGCUGGCUGGCUAGAUGAACAAACUAAAGCCAUUCAAGUGGAGUUUACAACGUAUAAUGUGAACAGCAACUUGUUCUGUCAAGUGACACUGUUUUUUGAGUUUGCACCCACCGGUGGUGUCUUUACUAGAAGUUACCUUAACACUUUACGUCUGUUUCUUUACACAACAGAUUUUGAAAUUUUCGUAGCCAUAUGCGAGGUGACCAGUGUAAUUUUCUUAAUUGGAUUUGCAGUUAAAGGAGCAGCUGACUUGUAUAAAUUGAGACUCCGAUAUUUCAAGAAGUUUUGGAACUUACAAGAACUUUCAGUGGUAUUACUUGGUUUUAGCUGUGUUUUCCUUUACCUUGAACGAAGCUUAGAAGUUAAAAAUACUUUAAAGGCUAAUGAUGCAAAAACUGGAAAUAAAUUUGUAAGUUUUACAUAUGUGACCUUCUGGGAUUCUACCUUGUUUUAUGUGCAAGCCAUUCUCAUCUGUUUAGUAACGAUUAGGUUCUGGAAAUUGUUGUCUUUCAGUCCUUACAUGCAAGUUCCUACUCGAACAAUCAGCAAGGCAGGGAUUCCUCUACUAAAUUUCUUCUUAUUACUCUCUAUUGUGAUGACUGGUAUGGUUUUCUUCUGUUAUUUUACAUUUGGUACAAAGGUGGAGAUGAUGAGGAGCUUCGUAGAAACUGUAUUUUCAUUAAUCAAUUUCAGCUUGGGCAGAAUUGAGUUCAAGGUUAUAAAAGAAGCCGAUCGUCUCUUUGGUCCAAUCUUCAUCACCUGCUUUAUAAUAUUUAUAAUCUUAACUCUUCUCACCUUAUUCUUCGGUAUACUGAAUGGAGCUUUGGAAGAAACAUUACACGAAGCUUUAGGAGCAGAUCUUCCCGAGACCAAAGACAUGUUAGAUUACAUGAAUCAUCAGAUUAACAUGAUCUUUAGGAAAACAACUAUCUCAUGGGUUGAAAAGGUUUACAUGGACGAAAAAAAAAUGACUUUAUGAAGUACUGACCUGGUUCCAUUAACUUUAUACUAUGGUUACCCCCUUUCAUCUAACUUGUAUCAUGUUUUUCAUUGUAAAUACUAUUUUAAAUGUUUUUAGAUUUCAGUUGUCAUAGGAUAAAUGUUUAGGGUUAAAAAGACUUACAUAAAUGAAAACUUUUAAAAUUAUUUUGCAACACUAAUCCUUCCCAAGUUUAGUCUACUGUGAUAAUUCUUGUUUCUAGCCACCAUUAUGUUUGACCAUAAAUGCUACUUGAAAUGCUCCUGAUUUUAUCAUUAGGCUUUCCUUCUAACAAACAAAAUGUAAAAUAGCUAUAUAACAAAAUUGUAGCUUCAUCAACAAAAAACA